AUGAGGACGAAAACCAAAAAUACAAAGCGUACAGCUAAGUCGAGCUCAUUGGAAGAAGGACAGAUGGAAAAUGACACUGAGCCGCUGGUCUUGGAUGUCAGUGUUCAUGAUAAGGCGGACGAAAUAGCUGAUAUGAAAGCACGUGGUGAUUUAGACCUUGAAGACAAAGACAUCAAGGACGAUUCAGACCGCGUCAUUGCGGUGAUAGAUAAGAAGCCGGCUGGAAGGAGCAGUGUAACAGGUGAUGGGGAUGAUGAUAACGAUGAUGCUCCAGAAGACGUUUCAUGGAAGGCUAGCAGAGAAAGUGCGAUUCAAGAACUGAAAAAAGAGAAGGAGAGGCUUCAAGAGAGUAAACAAAAAGAAAAACUGGCGAGAAUCGAGAGAAAUGAAAAGCUUCUAGAACAGAAAGAGAGAAAAAGAGCGAGGGAGUACGCUAGACUGCCUACAGAAGUGCUCCAACAUAUUGCCAAGGAGCAAGAAUCACAAGCAAAGAAGGAUGUGGUACAGUCAACUGUUGCUGCAGGAAAUCAUGUUACAUUUGACAGUGAUGAUGAACAAGAAGAAGAAACGGAAAUGUAUGACGAGGCACCACCAGUUAAAGUUCUUGUGUUACCCAAAGAAACAGAGAAGCCCAAGAAAAUUCAAGAAUCAGCAAAAUUGUUUUUGCGAGAACAGUUGUUUGGAAAUAGAAUUCAACGUAUCUCAGCUGUAAGGGACUUAGACCGUAGGAAAACAGGCUUUGUGUUUAAUCCUGCCACAAACUUUGCCAGAAAGUCAAAGAAGUUUAAAAGAAAAGGUAGGAAGGGUCAGAAAACUGUUUAAUCGGAUAAACUUAUGAUAAAUGCAGUUCAUUGGAAACACUGCUAUUAGGUUUUCACAUUUUCUUUGAAACCCUGGGACAUUUCAUAACAAUGCAGCUUGACUGCUAAUCUGGACUUCAGCCAUCUCCUUGAGUCACAAAAGUUCCUGGGAGAGUUCCUGGAUCAAUGCAGUGACAUCACCUGAAAGCAUGACUAUGAGAAUGAGUUUUUAAAAAAGAAAAAUAUAAUUUGAGAUAAGUGCCACUUUGCCUACUCCAUCAAAAGCUUCAGGUUCUGUAAUGAAAACUAUGUAGUAUUUUGACUCAAGCAUGUUCUCAACCAGAACCGAUUGAGACAUAAUAAAAGGAAAGCUUUCUAUCAUUCAUUUGAUAUCCUUUAAUGACAUCACCAGUCGUAAGAAAUUUCUAUCCUACAUGUAAGAAAUUCCAUCCUUGAUGUAAAUCAAAGAAGCUUUCUAAAGAUUUGCUGCCAACCAUGUAAUCACUUUUGAUUAUAGAGCGGUGCUCGACUAGUAGUCAAGUAUAUCAUUCUGAUUGCAGUAUAACCGUAGAGCCAACAAACCAAAUAUUAUUGAACAUUUUCACUCCUUCUAAGCUUCGAAAGUUGAUUUAAAUCUUGCAAACAUAGAAGCUGAGGACUUAAUCAUAACUUUAAGAGCUUUGAAAGUGAGAAAAGUGGCUCAAUUUUGAUGACAAUAAUGGUGAUAGUGAUGAUGAUGAUGAUGAUGAUAAUGGAAUGAAAACAAUCGGUGACAUUAUUAAUAAAAGCAGGAUAAAACUUAAGAUGGUAAUGAUAAUGUACAAUAUUAUUGUAGAUAGAGUUGGUUACUGCAAAAGUAAAGGAUAAUCAAAACACCUUCAUUGAACUAGUAAUGGUUUAUCAAUUAUGUUACAAAUACAUAAUCUUUCAAUGGCGUCGAAAAAAAUUGGUACCUCCCCUUCCUGUAUUCAGAAAUUUUUAACAUCCCCCUUUUUUCCUUCAACAAAUUUUAACCCCCCCCCCCUAAAAAAAAAAUCCCCGACCCCCCCCCCUUGUGGGAUAUUAUUAAUGCAGCCCUACAUCCAAAAAAAUAUUCUCUUAGGGAAUAAGAAAAUAAAAUAAACAGCUUUUUACAAAAAUUAUUGAUUUACAAGUAGUGUACGUUAUUGACAGUGAUUUAGUCUUGGACUCCUUUUGUACGAGCACGUGUGUUUAGAUGGUGAUGGUUCCUUAAAAGUGCAGAAUCCAAAUUAUUGCAGCUGAGUAUAAGACUGACUACUUGUUUUUGAGACAAAUUAUUCGAAUCAGAAAAGAUAAUAAGGUCACAAUACUGCAAAUAUCCACAGUUUACACUCAUUUGGCCUGUCCCUUACUGAGUACAGCAGUUAUUACCUUGACAUAGUUCGUGCUCAAAGGUUACUAAUACACGUAAAAUUGAAUCUAUGAAGGUGAAGACAGUUUUAAUUUGAAUGAGUUUGUUACCUGUUUCAGUGUAAUAUCUGGCAUAUAUUUAUAUAUUUUUUUUAUAUAUUUUAUAUAAAAAAGAAUGGCACAAGAAUCCAAAGUGGUCAUUGUCCUGCUGCCUGGCCUUACUAUUGCCUCUUAAUAAUUUACAGAAAGAGAUAGGCGGACUAGCUGGGAUGAACAUACUGAGGCAACAACUGCAAACAGGCCGAAUUGAGAUGCCAUCGACUGUUAAUACAGUAAGGGACAGCGGGACAGUUGAUAUUACUCUUGAAGAUCGUGAUGUCAAUUGCGAAAAAGAAGAGACUACAACGAGAUCAGGAUUAAACAAGGCAUUCUUACAUUACACUAGUCAGCAUUCACAAGCUGCCGAGUGGGACACAAGACAGUAA